CGUAAAACCAAAGCCCCCUUUUUAAUCACUUUCUUCUCUCUCAACGGUCGCUCCGUGUUCAACUCGCGUUUCAGCGAAAUCAUAUAAAGAAUUUUCUUCGUGAGCAGCCAUCAGUGAAAUCGAACUUUUUGAUUCUCGAGUUCUAAGGAUUCACGAAUUGAUUUGCUAAUCGUACGACUCAAAAAUUAAAACCGACUUUGGAAGAUUUGAUAUAUCGAUUUCGAGUUUAGAAGAAAUAAAGGUUGGUUUUUGUUGAUUUUGUGAAGAGCGAUGUCGUCGUUAACUGUUAGGUUUAUGAUGUAAUAUGGCAUUGACUCUCACACACUCAUACGAUGUCGCUUUACAUUGGUCGCGAGGCUUCCAAGCUUUGGAAAAGAAUAUGUGCAGAAACUACAACUGAAAUCAACCUUCUUCUGGAGAAUUGGAAGUAUAUUCUCGGCGGUUUAAUCUGCCAGUACAUUCAUGGGCUGGCAGCUCGAUCAGUUCAUUAUUUUCAUCAUCCAGGACCAAUUCUACAAGACUCCGGGUUCUUACUUCUUCCUGAACUUGGGCAGGAAAGAGCAUAUGUCAGUGAGACAGUAUUCACCUUUGUCUUCCUUUCCUUUGUCCUGUGGACUUUCCAUCCUUUCAUAUUCAAAAGCAAAAAAAUAUACACAGUUCUUAUUUGGGUCAGAGUCCUCGCGUUUCUAGUUGCUUGUCAAUUUCUUCGUAUCAUUACAUUUUAUUCAACUAUACUCCCUGGCCCAAACUACCAUUGCCGUGAGGGCUCACGUCUUGCAACACUGCCUCGUCCAGAUAAUCUUCUUGAAGCUUUUGUAAUUAUUCCCCGAGGUGUUCUUUAUGGUUGUGGUGAUUUGAUAUUCUCAUCUCAUAUGAUAUUUUCUCUGGUAUUUGUUAGAACAUAUCAAAAAUAUGGGUCCCGGAGAUUUAUAAAACAGUGUGCAUGGCUAGUAGCUGUGGUUCAGAGUUUAUUAAUAAUAGCAUCUCGUAAGCAUUACACAGUCGAUGUCAUUGUAGCAUGGUACACAGUUAAUUUGGUUGUGUUCUUUGUUGAUCACAAGUUACCAGAGCUGCCUGAUCGAAGUCUAGGUGGACUUGUGUUACCUUUGAGCAAGGAUGGCAGAAUGAAAGAAGAAGGGACUAAACUUAUGAAUGGAAACUCUGGUGAUCCUGUAGAUCGGAGGUCAAGAAGUCAAGCAAAUGGGAAGGUGAAUGAAGAAAGUGAUAAUGUACACGUGGAUGUAUUAGAUGGUGCAUAGUUGAUGAAACAAAGUUUCUAUUCUGCCAUUAUGACUUGAUAUGUUGACUUUUCUUUGGUAAAAAGUCAAUGAUGGUAAAAAGAACCCUGAUUUGUAUCUUUAAGAAACUUUGAAUUUGGGUGGUUGUGUUUUUCAUAGUGUUUUAUGAAAUAGGUGUUGAUGUAUUCAUUUUGUUUUGUAGAUUUUAGAGUACCCAAGUUGUAUUAUGAGUUAUGGAAUUUGGAUUUCUUUAUUAGCAUUUUCAUGUUCCAAGUUAUAACUAAUUACUUAUUUUACUUUUAAUUGGGAAAAUAUCAAAUUGUAUAUGGUUCUCAUGGUAUCUUCUUGUCACUUUGAACAUGUCCAAAAAAUACUGUAAUCUUUCUAUAUCUAUAUUGUAGAAACUUUGAAUCUGCAACACAAGUGAGAAACCUUCCUUCAUGUUUUUGUUUGAUAAACAAUACAUGCCCAUGAGGAGUUAUUGCUAAAAAAAAAAAAAAAGGAUGGAAUGGGCUUCACUUCGUACAAUAAGUGCU